AUGGAUCGGCUGAACCGCACGUGGCCGCAGACCUUCGUUCUCACGGGGUUCGGGGCCCCCGGGCCCGUGCGGCCGCUCGCCUUCCUGGCUACCCUGGGCGUGUAUGUCCUCACACUGGCCUCGAACUCGUUCAUCAUUGUGCUGGUGCAGGCGGAUGCGGGCCUGUCCACGCCCAUGUACUUCUUCCUCGGCGUGCUCUCCUUCCUGGAGGUCUGGUACGUCAGCGCCACGGUGCCCACGCUGCUGCUCACCUGGCUCCGUGGGCGCCCCCCCAUCCCGGCGGCCGGCUGCUUCCUCCAGCUGUACGCCGUGCACUCCCUGGGCAUGACGGAGUGCUCCCUGCUGGCCGUCAUGGCUCUGGACCGCCACCUGGCCAUCUGCUGCCCGCUGCACUACCCCGCGCUCAUGAGCAGGAAGGCGCAGCUGGGGCUGGCGGGGGCCGCUUGGGUGGCCGGCUUCUCGGCGGCCCUGGUGCCAGCCGGCCUCACGGCCGCCCUGCCCUUCUGCUGGAAGCAGGUGGCCCACUACUUUUGUGACCUGGCCCCCCUGAUGAGGUUGGCGUGUGUGGACACGGCCUGGCACGCUCGAGUGCACGGGGCGGUGAUCGGUGUGGCCACGGGCUGCAACUUUGUGCUGAUUUUAGGACUGUACGGGGGUAUCCUGAGGGCGGUGCUGAAGCUGCCCUCGGCCGCCAGCCGGGCCAAGGCCUUCUCCACCUGCGCCUCGCACGUGACCGUGGUGGCCCUGUUCUUUGGCUCUGCCUUUGUUGUCUAUGUGGGGCUGCCCGGGAGUCAAGCCGAGGGCACAGAUAAGUGUAUCGCCUUGGUGUACACCUUUCUGACCCCCUUUUUCAACCCCAUCAUCUAUACCCUUCGCAACAAGGAGGUGAGGGCGGCGGUGAAGAGGGUCACCAUCAGGGUCGGCACUGCUCUGAAUCAACACUGA